UGGGGUCCCAGGGCCGCCCAUGCAGCAUCCCUGCGCCCCGCCGACCCCGAGUGGAUGGUAAACCUCUAAACCGGCUCCGCUGCGGAGAGCCAUGAGCUGUCUGGAUGUUAUGUACCAAGUCUACGGUCCUCACCAGCCUUACUUCGCCACCGCCUACACGCCCUACCACCAGAAACUAGCUUAUUACUCCAAAAUGCAGGAGGCUCAAGAGUGCAACGCCAGCCCAAGUAACAGCAGCGGCAGCGGCAGCUCCUCUUUUUCCAGCCAGACUCCCGCCAGUAUAAAGGAGGAAGAAGGCAGCCCGGAGAAAGAGCGCCCACCAGAGGCGGAGUACAUCAACUCCCGCUGCGUCCUGUUCACCUACUUCCAGGGGGACAUCAGCUCCGUGGUGGACGAACACUUCAGCAGGGCCCUGAGCCAGCCUAGCAGCUACUCGCCAAGCUGUACAAGCAGCAAAGCCCCGAGGAGCUCUGGGCCCUGGCGGGACGGCUCCUACCCGAUGAGCCAGCGCAGCUUCCCCGCCUCCUUCUGGAACAGCGCGUAC